ACAAAAUGGCGACCAUGUUGCGAGGAAUCCGUGCGGUCUGUGGCUUAGCUUCAAGCCAAGCUUCUGUCCUAAAUGCAACUGCUACAAGAGCAGGUGUCGUCGGAUUAUGUUCCAAGAAGUUUUUCCUGCCAUCAGAUACACACCAAAGGCAUUGCUUCUCUUCUUUUAAUGCUGUUACAAAGUCCACUCAGAAGAGAUUGCAGCUGCAGAGUGUGCGCAGCUAUGCUGACCUGCCAGAGAUGACCCUCAAGCAGAUCAAGGAGAGAGUGUUGCUUGUGCUGAACCUGUAUGACAAGAUCAACCCAGAAAAGCUGAACUUGGAGGCCCAUUUCAUGAAUGACUUGGGGUUGGACAGUCUGGACCAAGUGGAGAUCAUAAUGGCGAUGGAGGAUGAGUUUGGAUUUGAGAUCCCAGAUUCUGAUGCAGAGAAGCUGAUGAAACCACAGGACAUUUGUGACUACAUUGCAGACAGGCAGGAUGUGUAUGAAUAACAGCACAGGUUGCUCUUCUUGGAGGUGAUACCAAUAGUACACAUAUGGAGAGCAUGCAUCUCAAGAUUAUCAUCAUUAGUUCCAGACUUGAAAAGAGAUAUUAGCUUAUUUACCUGGUGACAUUUAGACGAAAAACUGUGAUUCUCCAAGAUAGUAAUUCAGUAAAUCCUUGUUACCUGAUGUUCAGUAUUGACCUAUUUAGUUUCAAUAGAUGUCUCAAGUAGAAACUGGUCUGUACUAUAGAUGACAUUGAUAUCGCAAGCACUUGCUGUUGCGCAAAAACAAAGAGUAAAUGAGCCCUGUUUCCUGUGAACACAUUUUUGUCUGUAUCAGUCACUAUUAAAUCUAGUGUUUGCUAUACCAUUUA